AGGCUCAUUUAGUUGCGCGGAUAAAUAAAGGCCACGCAGCGAGGACUCCUCCGAUCACAAAAUCUCAGCUUCCCUGAGCUUCAAACGGUGCCUUCGAUCCCCCCAGUUCCCUGAGGAAGGAAACAAAAAAGCAUGGCGGGCAUCAGAAAGUAUACUCUUUUCUUAUCCCUUCCUCGAAUUAUCGCCAGAAACUGCCCAUCUUUCCAGACCACUCCGAUCUCCUUCCACAGACUUUCCAGGCCGUUUUUGAGUUCUACAUCGCGCUUCUACUCUUCCAACGUUGAUAUCGACCUCUCUGACGAAGAGGCCAAAAGGCGCUUAUUCAACAGGCUUGUAUAUAGGAGCAAACAGAGAGGGUACCUAGAGCUGGACCUCAUUCUGGGUAAUUGGGUGGAGAAUCAUAUCCAUUCUAUGGAUGCAAAUGGAAUCAAGGCCCUUGUUCACGUUCUUGAUGCGGAGAAUCCAGAUCUGUGGAAGUGGUUGACAGGUCAGGAGCAAGCUCCAGAUGCAAUAAGAACCAAUCCUGUGUUCACUGCUGUACACGAAAAGGUCCUAAACAACCUCGACAAACACACGUCCCCCGAGACUCGUGCCACUCCCGGACAGGAAUGGGUGAGAGGGUGGGAUGAUUUCAAAAGAGGUCGGGAUGGCCCUAUAGCUGGGAAUCAGUAGCACUUUUUUGUGUUUGCUUGCUUGAGAUCAACUGUGUAUGAAUAAAAAAGGAGGAAAUAAAUUAAAUAUCUCAGACUUUCAAGGGUGUGAGAUGAGUACUCCAAACUUGCACAUGUUAUAUACGAUAGUAUAUACCCUAAACUUUAUGUAAAAAGUUCCGUCGGCACCAUUAGUAUAUAUUUUUUCACAAAUGUAAUUUUAUGGUGUUAAGUACAUAAUUUAAAAUACGCAAAACAUUUAUGAGGAUGCAAUUAAAAUUAAGUUUUACAGGAUGUAAAAUUAUUUAUUUCACAAAAGAAAUUUUAGAAUGUUAAUUGCAUUCUAAAAAGCUUAGAGUAUUCUAAAUUAUGUAAUUAUUCCAACAAAUUUGUAUUUGUAAAAAACACACAAUCAUGAUGUGAAAAUUACUUUUUAUAUAAAGUUCGGGGAUAUAUAUACUACGUAUUACAUAUGCAAGUUUGUGUUGUUUACCCCACACCACAUUAAAGAUUGGAAUAUUAUAAUUAUUUUCCUCGUAAAAAAUGGUGUGUGAUAAUGUGAUAUAUGUAGAAGAAGAAUAGCAUAUACUCUGUAGUACGUAUGCCAUUGCUAUUGAAUUUUCUGUAAGAUUUUAAGUGACAUAUAAAAGACUAUACUAGCAUCCUUUUAGCUCUGAGCAAUUGAAUCUCAAUCUAGUAGGGAUGACAUUGAUCGUAUCCGAUCAUCCAAAGGUAGAAAUCUUAACAAUAAUCGUCAUAUACCGGGUUGAGUUUAAC